CAAUAAGGAAACUGAAGGACACUUCUGAAGACACAAGUGUGGAAGACAAGUCCAAGAUAUCACCGGGCAUGAACUCAGAGACCGAGUCCUGCAGUGGGAGGAGUGGAGCCUGAAACCAGCUUCAGUAAAGCUCAUCUCUUUUAUCAGGAUGGGCUGCACUUGCAGUGGCCAGAAACCAGUAAAGAAAGAGACUUUCCACAAAGGAAAACCCAACUCAUUGGCCACCCACCCAUCAAAUCACAUAGCACGAAGUGGAAAUUCCCAUUCAGACAACGAUGACAUUGUGUUUGUGGCACAACAUGACUUCAAAGCAACCAAUGCCAGUGAUCUACCUUUCAAUAAAGGAGACAAACUUAAGGUUUUGGAAAAAAAUGGAGAAUGGUGGCUGGCUGAAUUAGUGGCAACUGGACAGGAAGGCUAUAUACCAUGUAAUUAUGUAACCAGAGCAGACAUCCUGGAGGUGAAAAACUGGUUUUUCAGGGAUCUGAGCAGGAAAGAGACCGAACGACUGCUUUUGGCGCCUGGAAAUAAACCGGGUGCCUUUCUUGUUCGCGAGAGCGAGACUUGUAAAGGGUCCUUCUCACUGUCAGUCAGAGACUACGUACCAGAACAAGGAGAUGUCGUAAAACACUACAAGAUCCGCUGUCUGGACAAAGGUGGCUACUACAUCUCCCCCUCUCAAAGCUUCCCCACCCUACAAGAAAUGGUUAAAUACUACAGCCAGACAGCAGAUGGUUUGUGUAUGCGGCUGUAUGCUCCUUGUAUGCCUACAGCGCCCCAGCAGCCAUGGGCACAUGACGAAUGGGAAAUACCCAGAGAGACACUGAGAAUGGAGAAGAAACUAGGAGCCGGACAGUUUGGAGAAGUGUGGAUGGGUUACUACAAGAACACCCAGAAGGUGGCUAUUAAGACCUUAAAACCAGGAACCAUGGAGACUGAGGCCUUCCUGCAGGAGGCCAACUUGAUGAAGCAGCUGCAGCAUGAACGCCUAGUGCGCCUCCAUGCUGUGGUCACUACGGAGCCCAUUCUCAUUAUUACCGAGUUUAUGGUCAAUGGAUGUCUUCUGGAGUUCCUACAAACAAACAAUGGAAAAAAGCUAAAGUUUAAUAAACUGAUAGACAUGUCAGCACAGAUAGCUGAAGGCAUGGCGUACAUCGAGAAGAAGAACUACAUCCACCGAGACCUGCGUGCCGCCAACAUACUGGUCAAUGAGACCCUGCACUGCAAGAUAGCAGACUUUGGCCUGGCCAGGAUCAUCGAGACAGAGUACACAGCCCAUGAGGGUGCUAAAUUUCCCAUCAAAUGGACAGCUCCAGAAGCCAUCAAUUUUGGCACAUUCAGCAUCAAGUCAGAUGUUUGGUCCUUUGGGAUCCUCCUGACAGAAAUAGUCACCUAUGGAAAAAUUCCUUACCCAGGGAUGAGCAACCCAGAGGUGAUCACGUCCCUGGACCAAUCCUACAGGAUGCCAUGCCCGGAAGGUUGUUCUCAGGAACUCUACAAGAUCAUGAUGAAGUGCUGGAACCAGAAGCCUGAGGACCGGCCGACCUUUGAUUUUCUGCAGAACACUCUCAAUGACUUCUUUGUGGCCACAGAGAGACAAUAUGAGAUGCAGCUGUGAUUAAAGAAAAAGAAAAUACUCUUUGUUGAUAAUCUAAAUUCAACAAGAAGUCCUGAAGAGAGGAAAGGGUCUCGACAAAGGAUGAAGGACUGACCAGCUUCGUUACGACAGUUUAUUUUACUGAACAAUUCAAAUGGACCCAUUUUUAAAGCCUACCAUCUGCGUGAAUGUAAAAACUGUUUAAGGCUUCUUUUGUCUUUAGCAGCUAAGAGCAAAAUAUGUCAGUCAGAAAGGAAACAUUCAGAAAUUUGGAAUGGCUCCCAUUCUUGAAGACAGCCACGGAGGAGACAUAAUUAUACUGAUACACGACGGAUAAAUAGAAAUGUGGAAAUACAAAUACAGUACAUGCAUGAUGUAAAAAGACCUUUGGACCAAGAGACGUUGACACAGGUAAAGUUGCAAAUUACACAUUUGCAUAGUACAGAAGCAGCCUGAGAUUACAUGCACAAUACUUUGCACUUUUAAAAAAAUCUCA